AUGGACUUUUGUUUAACUUGUAAGUCAGAGUUCCUUCAUCACCUUGCAGCUCGCCGGCUGUCAAUCAGCCACGCGGCAUCAUGUGACCCACAGGAGGAGGAGCACCAGGCUUCAAAAGGGCAGCACCCACAGCACCAGGACCAGAGAGAGCCAAGAACCAGAACCAGCACCAGGACCAGCAGAAGAAACCAGGCCAGCACCAGUAUGCAGUGUGUACGUUGUCCCGCCAUUUUGGUUCUCAUGGCACUGGUUCUGUGCAGUCCCAGAGUUUCCUCUCAGCCAGACAGAGACCAGCUGCAGGACCCGGACCUGGAGCUGGAGCUGGAGCUGCGCAAUCAUCGGCUGCUGCAACAACCUCGCAGCGCAGGGUUCCUGUCACAGGAGUGGAGUAAACGUGCGGUGGAGGACCUGCUCGCUCAGAUGUCUCUGCCUGAGGCCGACGUCCAGCGGGAAGCUGAGGCAACAGGAGGGAGGAUGAACCUGGAGCGGUCUGCCGACCAACCCAACAGCAUACCCCCCCGCGAACGCAAGGCCGGCUGCAAGAACUUCUACUGGAAGGGCCUCACUUCCUGUUAA